AACAACUAGUUAGCGAUAUGCCGCGAGAAACGCCAAAAUACCACGUCGGUCAGACCAAUAAUAUAGUCAAUGCCUUUGCGAAACGCACCGCGGAAGAUUCCUGCGCGUACUUGCUAUCAUCGCUUACACCCGACAUGACCAUUCUCGAUGUCGGCUGCGGACCUGGUAGCAUCACCAUCGAUCUUGCGAGGCACGUUCCGCGCGGUCAUGUCGUCGGCAUCGAUAUCGAGGCCGCAGCCUCAACGUUGGACAAAGGACGCACACAAGCCCAAAUGGAAGGGGUCAUGAAUGUCGAGUUUCGAACUGGUAACGGGUAUACACUGCCCUUCCCCGACGAUACUUUCGAUGCGACGCAUUCGCAUCAGGUCUUACAUCAGAUUGAUGACCCGGUGCAUUUUAUGCGCGAGAUGCACCGAGUGACGAAGCCAGGUGGAUUUAUCGCCUCCCGCGUUUGGGACACAGGCUCGUGGAUUUUACACCCGCAGGAUGAGGGCAUUACAUCUUUCCGCACCAUGACGCAGCGUAUCAACAGCGAGCGCGGACUCGUGCCGUUUGCAGGAAGGAACCUGCAUAUCUGGGCACGCAAGGCCGGCUUCGAGGCUGGGCGGGUGAAGAUAUCGACAAGCACUAUGACGUUUCGCACUCCGGAAGAGCGGAUCUAUGUCGGGGAGCUCUUCAGAGCAAUAUCCCAGGAGUCUGACUUUGCGACAAUGGCAUUAAAGAAGGGGUAUGUUACCGGAGAAGGCCUUGAGAGAAUGGCAGAGGGGUGGCAGAGAUGGAUUGACGACGACGAUGGGCCGUUUGCUUGGAUCAACUUCGAGUUGUUAUAUCAGAAGUAGGGCAAGGACCUCACAUAGGACUACAUUACUUUCGACCUACGGCGAAACAGACAGUUGGCAGCUAUAUAGACACAUGGCAGCGAGUCUUUCAA